CAGUGUCGUCUGUUCUGCUUCCAGUCGCAGCGGUGAAAAUGGCCACGAGAGCUGCUAUGUUUACGUUUAGCAAAUUUCGAUAUUUCCCCAUUCUAAAACAUGGAGUGGCAAAGUUUUCAGUUUCAAGUAAUUUAUUAAAUGCAUCUGCACUGGAACCAGGAUAUUCUCGUGAUCCCGGUGAGGUUUUUUUCAAAGAAAAUGUGCAAACCUUACUUGAAAGACUUACCGGCCGUGACUGUGAUAAGGUGUUUCACAACAGAAAACUAGGAGAACGACUAGAACCUCCCAAGUAUGAGCUUUUAACACAAGCUGAAGUUGAUCAUGUUAUGGCAGAGAUGGAGGUAAAGCUAAAAAGGAAACUUCAGAUGCCACCACUUCUUAAAGAAAGGAAUCCGAUCAAAAAGAUCUAUUCCUUUAAUCCAGAACUGCAAGGUUUUGAUGAUAGCAAAUAUGUUUUUAUUAACAUAUCACAAGGAAUUACAAAUAGAAAUCGUGAAGUUGUUGUCAGAGAUCCAAAUGGUGUCCUUCGAGAAGCAUCCUGGGAAGAGAGACAAAGGAUGUGUCAAAUUUACUUCCCUGUUCCAGGACGAAAAAUUAAUGUACCUAAAAUGUUUGAAGAAGGUAACAUUCAGAAUUGCCUUGAUCGAGAUGAAUUCGAAUUUGUGCUUGACCGAGCGUGUGCACAAUUUGAUCCAGACGACCCAGAAUACAUUAGCGUAACAAGAAAGACAUAUGACUUUGUCGAUGAAAACACUAAAUACACUUCCCUGAGACCAACUCGCCAUUUUGGACCGAUGGUGUUGCAUCUAGUACUCAGCAAGAAAAUGGACAAUCUCCUGUUUCAUUUCAUUAAUUCGAAGGACAUUGACGCUGCUGCUAAUCUAGUUCGCCUCUUUCAUACAGUCGCUGAUGAUACCUCACCCACUGAAGUUGAUGAAUUCCAACUAAUCGAGAAUUAUAUCCAAGGACCGGCUCUCAAAAAACCGGCGUUAGAGUUGGCUUGGCAAUCAUUUUUGGAAAUCGAAAAGCAACGACGGGAAGUUCACAGCCAACAAAACAAUGCAUCUAAUUGAUUCUUUUAUAGUCAGAUCAUGUAAUUGCUACUGUUAUGGUUGCAAACUAAAAAUGUUCCAAUUUA